GAAGAAGAAACGCGGAAGUGUUUGGACGACGAAAGCAAACGCGUGCAGUUGUGUGUGUGUUAUCUAGAACCUUCCAGCGUUACACGCCUUUGAACUUGACGCAACAGCGAGUGGGGACGAGUAUUCCGUCGAAGUGGAAAGACGAGCCGACGUGUAAACAAUGUCUGUUAUUUCGGAGGAGAAUGUUCGAGGUGGCGGCGUGUUCAAGGAUAUCGACGCCGACGACGAGGACGGGCAGCCCACUGAGAUCGAGAGUCUGUGUAUGAACUGUUACAAGAACGGUACAACCCGUCUGCUCCUGACCAGAAUACCCUUCUUUAAAGAGGUAAUCGUCAGCUCGUUCAGCUGUGGUCACUGCAGCUGGUCCAACACUGAGAUCCAGUCUGCAGGCAGGAUUCAGGACCAGGGCAUUUGUUACACGCUCAAAGUUAAAUCUAAACAGGAUUUGAACCGGGAGGUUGUGAAAGCAGACAGUGCGACUACCAGGAUCCCUGAGCUGGAUUUUGAGAUCCCUCCCUUCACCCAGAAAGGCUCACUGUCCACUAUCGAGGGCCUUUUAGACCGAGCAGUUGCAGGGCUGGAGCAAGAACAGCCUGUCAGACGAGCAGCUCAACCUGAAGUAGCCGAGAAGAUAGAUGAAUUCAUUAAGAAGCUGAUGAAGUUAAAAGAUGUGGAGAGUGAAUUCACUCUGGUGAUUGAGGAUCCAUCUGGCAACAGUUUUGUGGAAAAUCCAUUAGCUCCUCAGAAAGAUGAGGCGCUCACUGUGUCUCAGUUCAAGCGGAGCAUCCAGCAGGAAAAACAGCUGGGAAUCAGAGAUGACGAUGAUGAUGAUGAAAAGGAUGAAGAACCAGCAGGCAAUAACUUGGAGGCCAUGAGAAAUGAGGUUUUGGUUUUCAAAACUAACUGCCCAGAAUGCAAUGCGCCAACCUCAACAAAUAUGAAGCUUGUCCAGAUCCCUCACUUCAAGGAGGUGGUCAUCAUGGCCACCAACUGUGACAGCUGUGGCCACCGAACCAAUGAGGUGAAAUCAGGUGGUGCCACAGAGGAGCUAGGCACCAAGAUCACUCUACACAUCACUGACCCUUCAGACAUGACCCGUGACCUGCUGAAGUCAGAGACCUGCUCCGUUCUCAUCCCGGAGCUGGAGUUUGAGCUGGGAAUGGCAGCUCUUGGUGGGAAGUUCACCACCCUGGAGGGGCUGUUGCAAGAUAUCAAAGACCUGAUUGUCUCCAAAAACCCCUUCAUCUGCGGUGACAGCCACAACAAAGAGCAGGUGAAUAAGCUGAAAGAGUUUGGAAAGAAGAUAGACAAUAUUAUGGCAGGACAAAUGGCUGUCCAUUUCAUCCUGGACGACCCAGUGGGGAACAGCUACCUACAGAAUGUGUACGCCCCAGACCCCGAUCCUGAGAUGACUGUGGAGAAGUACACCCGCACAUUUGAACAGAAUGAAGACCUCGGUCUGAAUGACAUGAAGACCGAGGGAUAUCAAGAGGAAAACUUAACUACCAGCACCAGCUUAAAGGACUGAAUCAGUUGAUUGAUCCAUAUUUUUUGUCGUUUUCAUCUUAAGUUAAUCAUGGCUAAAUACUUGUUUCCAUCAGUGUUUUAAUUGGAGGAAUUCUUUAGUUUCCCGUAAAGUAAAAAUAAGACACACAAUUUAAUUUGUAUAAUAUCACAGGUAUAAUGUAAAGCUGGUGUGUAUUGCGUUUUUGUAAAAUUCCACAAGAUGGCGCUCUUAACUAUUGAUUAAAAGAUUUUUUUCUGUCAGUGGACCACA